CAUAGCCUCGCCCUGCAUUUGACAUUCGCUCCUUCUCUGUUGGGAGUCUGUACUACUUUGAUAGAUGAAGCCACCUGCACGGUCUCUUUCAAGGCUUGUUGGACCUCACAUUCCUCUUACACGUUCACCCUCAUCAUCGACCUCACUGCUCCGGCAGACUACCAGACGAUCCUUUCAGACUCAAGUCAGCAGGAAUUCUGUUCGUCCUGCAACCGCUACUCGUCCUCUGCUGCCCCUGCGUCGCCCUUCGCUCAUACACGAAUCUUGCCCUGGUGGAGCGUCACCGUUCGCUCUCUCCAGGAUGUGUCGAUUCAUGUCCGAUUCGCCUGGUGUGACCAGUACUCAGGGUCGAGUCGUUCUUCCCGACAAUGUUGUGCCAAAGCACUAUGAUUUGACCCUUGAGGUCGAUUUCGACGAGUUUACAUUCGAAGGAUCUGUCAUCAUUGACCUAGAUGUGGCCAAAGACAGCACGACCAUUUCCCUGAACACCUUGGAGCUCGACAUCCACAGUACGACGGUCCAUGCAGAUGGUGCCUUGGUGACGUCCUCGCCAUCGCUCUCCUACGAUGCCGAUACGCAGACAACGACCAUUGACUUGGGCAAGUCCAUUAGCAAAGGACAAAAGGUCCAGCUGAAGCACACCUACACGGGACAGCUCAAUGACAAGAUGGCUGGCUUCUACAGAUCCAAGAGAAAAGACGGGGAGUACCUUGCUGUGACACAAUUCGAGGCAACCGAUGCUCGUCGAGCUUUGCCGUGCUUCGAUGAGCCAGCUCUCAAGGCUGAGUUCACUGUCACUCUAAUUGCCGAUGAGGAAAUGACAUGUUUGUCGAAUAUGGAUGUUGCCUCGACCGAGAUGGUUGACUCGGAAAUCACGGGUGAAAAGAGGAAGGCUGUCAAGUUCAGUCGCUCCCCUCGCAUGUCGACAUAUCUGUUAGCGUUCAUUGUUGCCGAACUAAAGUCAAUCUCGACCAGUGCCUUCAGGCUGCCUAUCAAGGUGUGGAUGACGCCCGAACAAAAUGAGGCAGACGGCCGCUUUGCUCUUGACGUUGCGGCAAAGACUCUAGCAUUUUAUGAAAAAGCCUUCCAAGCACCGUAUCCCUUACCCAAGAUGGACAUGGUUGCUAUUCCUGACUUUGCCGCUGGUGCUAUGGAAAACUGGGGUCUCGUCACAUAUCGUGUCGUUGACCUGCUUUUCGACCAGAAGACUGCAGGUGCUGCUACCAAAGAAAGAGUGGCAGAAGUUGUCCAACACGAGCUGGCUCAUCAGUGGUUUGGUAACCUGGUGACAAUGGACUUCUGGGACGGUCUUUGGUUGAACGAAGGCUUCGCCACCUGGAUGAGCUGGUACAGUUGCAACGAGUUCUAUCCAGAGUGGAAGGUCUGGGAAACCUUUGUGAUCGACACCCUUCAAGGCGCUCUAGGCUUGGACGGACUGCGCAGCUCUCAUCCAAUCGAGGUCCCGGUGCAUCGUGCAGAGGAUAUUAAUCAGAUUUUCGACGCUAUCUCAUACUCAAAAGGCUCGUCCGUCCUGCGAAUGAUCUCGAAAUAUUUGGGAGAGGAGACUUUCAUUGAAGGUAUCCGAAGAUACAUCAAGAAGCACGCCUGGGGCAACACUCAGACAAGUGAUUUGUGGGAUGCAUUGGGUGAGGCCAGCGGCAAAGAUGUUGCACGCGUGAUGGACAUUUGGACCAAGAACAUUGGGUAUCCUGUCAUUACUGUGAGUGAAAACGAGAAGGAUUCCAGCAUCACGGUCAAGCAGAAUCGGUUCUUGCGUACUGGAGAUGUCAAAGCAGAAGAGGACAAGGUCCUAUAUCCUGUUAUGCUCGGCCUCCAAACCAAGAGCGGGGUUGAUGAGACCUUGAUGCUCACGGAACGUGAACAAACCUUCAAGAUUUCUGGGGGACUAGAUUUCUACAAGCUGAAUGCAGACCACUCUGCCUUUUACCGAACAAGCUAUACUCCCGAACGAUUGACCAAGCUGGGUGAAGCCGCCCAAAAGGGAUUGCUUUCGGUGGAAGACCGCGCUGGUAUGAUUGCGGAUGCUGGUGCACUCGCAGCGAGCGGAUACGGGCAGACAUCCGGUAUCUUGAGUCUCCUUCAGUCCUUCAACACUGAAACUCAGUUCGUGGUGUGGAAUGAGAUCUUGACAAGGAUCAAUGCUGUCCGGAACACAUGGAUAUUUGAGGACGAAUCGAUCAAAGAUGCUCUCAAAGCAUUCCAGCUCAAUCUGUGCUCCGCCAAGGCACACGAACUCGGCUGGGAGUUUUCCGACAAUGAGGACCAUAUUCUGAGCCAGUUCAAGAGCUUGAUGUUCGGCUCCGCUGGGUUGGCUGGAGACAAGAAGGUUCAGGCGGCAGCCAAGGAAAUGUUCAGCAAGUUCCUGGCUGGAGACUAUGCUGCAGUGCAUCCUAACCUACGUGCGUCUGUCUUUGCCAUGGCUCUGCGGGAUGGUGGAGAGAAGGAAUGGGAUGCCCUCCUGGCACGAUAUCAUUCCGCCUCGACCGCUGACGAGAGGAAUACUUGUCUACGAAGCCUCGGUCGUGCAAGGAGUCCCGAGCUCAUCCAGAAGACUUUGAAGCUGGCACUGAGUGGCAAAGUCAAAAUGCAAGAUAUUUACAUGCCCAUUGGGGGCCUGAGCACCACCUCUGAAGGCAUCGAGAAACGGUGGGAAUGGAUGUGGCAGAAUUGGGGCGAGUUGGUGGAGAAGUUGCCUCCCAGCAUGACCAUGUUGAGUAGCGUCGUCAGCAUCUGCGUUUCGGGUUUCACCAGUGAGAAGCAGCUGCAUCAGGUCGAAGCAUUCUUCCAAGACAAGGACAAGAAGGGAUUCGACAGGAGUUUGCAACAAAGCUUCGAUAGCAUCAGAGCCAAAGCGAACUGGCUGAAACGGGAUAGUGAGGAUGUUGUUGGGUGGUUGAAGUCGAAUGGUUACCUUGAGAAGGGCAAGCUAUGAGCAUUCGUGUGCGUGACCAAGAGGUCUUUGGUGGCCAGAAGAUGAACAGCUCUCUUCCAAGGCUGUAUGAGUAAAAAAAGUAGAUCUCAAGUCCAGUGUAGACAUUCUUUACCUGCGAGGGAUGUGAGCUGAGUUAGAUAUCCGAUUCUGGAUACGAAAAUCCUUUUGCACGCGUCAGGGUCUCUAAGAGAUUCGAGGAUAGUGAUUGAAUGGGUGAUUGUUUCGUCGCCAGUGGAUGCAUUUGAUAUACGCAGUAAGCUAUUCGUUUACACGAGUACAGAGAGAGGAUCAAGGGGGGUCCAUAACGGAGGACGGAGUAGAUGGUGG